AUGGCGCGGGAGAGGCCGCCCGGGAGGGGCCGCAGCGCCCUGAGCCGCUGCCUGCUGGGCGCCGCGCUGCUGCUGCUGGGCCUGCGGCUGUGCGCGGAGCUGCGGCGCGCCGGCCCCCCGCCCCCGGCCCGCAGCGCCCCGCCCCGGCCGCCCGCGCCGCCCCCGCCGCCCGCGCCCGGGCCCCCGCGCGGCGCCGGCCGCAGGCAGGUGACCUACGUGCGCAGCGGCCGCCGGGCGCGCGGGGGCGGCGGGAGCGGGACGCCGGACACCGGCUGCUGCGCCCCGCGCGCGCGUCCCCGCCGGAAGGGUUCCCGGUGGCACAUAGACCUGCAGCCUUGGGCAGGCCCUGCUCAGUCCCUGGAUGAAGAAGCCUCGAGGUUCCUGAGAUACAUCAGCACCACCCAGAUUGCCUGUGAUCACGUGAGUACCGACAGCCUGGCUACCGACUCCAGCUCCGCGAAGAAGCCCUGGUCGGUUUGUCUUGAUGACAGGUUUGGCUUAGCUCAUCAAAUCCGCAACAAGCAGUGCCGUCUCUACUCUUUAGGGCUGGGAAGCGACGACACCCAGUUUGAGGUCAGCAUGGCCAACAACGGAUGUGAAGUGCAUCGUUUUGAUCCCAGUGUUAAGUCGGCUCAUAUCCUGGAGAGUCAGCGCCUCUGGCACCACCGCUUGUCCAUUGACUGGCGGGACCCCCAUCCAGCCGUUGCUGCCCAAAAGCCGCAUGGCAACACCAGAAAACUGGGGACCAUUUUGAAUGACUUUGGGCAUCACAAGAUUGAUGUCCUCAAAGCAGAUCUAGAGAGCGCAGAAUGGAAAGUUUUGGAGAAUCUUAUUCUGGAAGAUGUCCUUGAACAGAUCGGACAGCUCGUCUUCGAGAUCCAUCUCCACUGGCCCGGGUUCGAGGUCAGCGGCAGCGACAGCAGUGUGGUGCGGUUCUGGUACAGCCUCCUCAAAGAGUUAGAACUAAAUGACUUCAGGCUUUUUCACAGUUACAAGGACUUAUCUAAACCUCAGCUCUUCCUGAAGAAAGACAUUUUCAAUGCAAGUAGCUGUUAUACUCUUGGUUGGGUAAAUACCAGGUGGAAGUAG